UUAAUGUCUUGCCAUCUCAGCUCUUCUUCAACUCCUCCCUCCACCUUUAUUCUCCUCUGAAACUGAAUUUGCAGAGUAUCUGCAUCUUCUUACCAGAACAAGAUUUCUUUUUAAGAGAAGAAGAAGAAGAAGAAAAAGAAUGGGGAACUACAGGUUCCAGCUACCCAAUAUUCUGCCAAAUUGUUGGCUUUCCAAGCUAAAAAACAUUGGCAACAGAAGCAAGAGCAGAAGACAAAUCCUCCAGACCUCCAUGAAGAAAAACCAAGCUCCAACAACUCCAGCAACAAACUCAUCUUCUUCCCCAACAAAACCACUCUCCCUCCCAAACAGACAAUCCCACUACAUCCCCAGCCAAGCCAGACCAGAACCCAAGCUCCUCCCUUCCCCACCUAAGCCUAUAAGAACAAAGCCCAAAACCAUAGAAAACACUGAAACUCACCUUCAUCUCAGAAGCAACACAAGCAAGGCACCAUUGUUGCACUCACCCAGACUUCAGAGGAAAAAGGCCCAAGCUUUGCGCAAGCAGAAGAAGUGGAAGGAGAGGUUGAAGGAGAGUGUUGCAGUGGUGAAACCUUCUUCAGAUCCUCAGAAGGACUUCAGGGAAUCAAUGGUGGAGAUGAUAUUGGAGAAUAAGAUUGUGGAUUCUCAAGAUUUGGAGGACUUGCUUUCAUGUUACUUGAUUCUGAAUUCCUCUGAGUAUCAUGACAUGAUUGUUGGGGUGUUUGGGGAAAUUUGGACUGCUCUUGCUGAAAUUAUAUUAUAGGUUCAGCUCUGUUUCUUGUUGGAUUGAAGGUUUGGUGAGGUCUGAUUUUGUAACUUAGUCUGUUUAAUUCUAUUUUAAGGUAGCAUGUAUGCAAAUUCUGUCAUGUUAUGGCCUUGCAUUUCAAUAUGAGUUUUUUUGAUAGAUAAUGCCAACAAUCAAGGUGAAUCAAAAUUGGUCAUUUUCCUUAAGGGCCCAACAUUUAUUGGCUUUAGGUCGAUGGGCCUGUUUUGCAGUCCUUUGGUGGCCUGAUUGGUACACCCGCAUUCAGAGAUUGGUGAGUCGCAUUCAUCAAUGCUCAUCAUGGGAGCACAUCAGUGGUAGCUUCCUUGAAUCAUUGGUGGUGGGU